AUGUUCGAUGCCGUUGUGCAUCCAGUGCCGAGCCCGAAACCUUCGAAGAGACCUGCGAAAGUUCCCGGCGAGCGCAUCUACGAGUGCCACCUGGGACUCACCGGCCACAAGAACUUCAAGCAGGCUGCAGAGGUCCUCAUCCCCCGCGCCAAGCGGAACGGCUACACGGCCUUGCUUCUCAUUGGCGUGCAGGAGUGCAAGAGCUAUGCCAUGAUGGGGGCCCAGCCUUGCGCCUACUUCGCCCCGUGUGCCAUGCUCGGCACGCCCGAGGACUUGCAAGACUUCGUGGCAGAGGCGCACGGUGCCGGCCUCCGUGUCUACAUGUGCCCGUCGCAUGAGGGAGCGGCCUGGUGUGACGAUGGCCUGCCAGAGCACUACUUCCGCACAACAAGCGGUUCUAGAGAUCCCAUCAGCGGGGCGAGGCUCUUCGACUACGAGGAGCCAGAGGUGGUUCGCUUCCUUUUGAGCAAUUUGGCUUACUGGAUGGUAGAGUAUGGCUUCGACGGUUUCCGCUUCGACCGCGUGUCGUCAGUGAUCUAUGCACAGCACGGCCGAUGGCUGCCGCAAGACACAGAAAAGUUGGAUGAAUAUGUCAACAACUCCAACAACGUGAAUAGCUCUGCCAUCCAGUACCUGAUGCUGGCAACCAGCAUGGCCGAGAAGCUCGCCCAGUCCUUCGAGUCCGGUGCCACCAUGAUCGCUGACGAUCCGACGCUCUUUCCGGGCAUUUGCCGACCCAUCGCAGAUGGGGGUCUAGGCUUCGAUCUUCGUCAGAACAGCUUCGCAGGCCUUUGGAAAGGGCUCUUGCGGAAAAGCGAUGAGGAGUGGACGAUGGAGGAACUUAUGCAG